AUGUCGACCAUCAACCACAAUAUCCGUUUGAUAAAUGGGCGAGCGACUAUACCUCCCAGUAUUCUGAACGCCCAUGCUGGUGGGAUAACACGGCGGAGCUUCCAUCCAUCGAGACCAAGACAAGAUGUUUUCUUCGUUGCCUUUCCAGCGUUAAAAAGUGGGUUAUUGAAUAUAACUAGAUUCAGUUUAUUGUUUCUACCGUUUGUUUUCAGGUACAAACUGUGGAAGAAAUACAAGAAAACCUCCUAUGCUCUUAUACAGAUACCCAUCUUCGCAAUCUGUGUUGUCCUAGCACUGGGGCUGGAUCAAAGUCCGCGUACGGGUAGAUGGAGGUUAUUGUUGAUGACGGAACAUGAAGAGAUGGCUUGGUCAAGAAGGAAACAGCAGGAAGUACUUCGAAAUGAUGGUCCAUUGAUCCUCCCACCAGAAGACGAUAGAAGCAAACAAGUGGCGAGAGUAACCAGUAAAUUGGUCACCGCAUUAGAAGAGCAAGAUCAACAUAUCAUUCACGGUGCCUCGUGGCCACCUAGAUCACAAGAACUUUCCAGAGUGAUAUCGGAGAGAGAAGCGGAACAUGGUCAAGAUAGAAGACGUGUACAUUUUAAACCUUCUGCUACAGCCCGUUCAACUUUUAUGCCUUUUAGACCUAUCACCAGUAAUCCUUUGAAGAAGUUGGAAAGUGCUGAUUGGAAUUUGUAUGUGAUCGAUUUGCCCCAAAUGAACGCUUUCGCUUUGCCAAGUAAAGAUAUUUUCGUCUACACCGGUCUUCUGAACACCUUACCAGAGGGUGAUGAUUCAUUGUUGGCUGCUGUGCUGUCACAUGAGAUAGCUCAUGUCACUCAACGACAUAGUGUAGAGAAUAUGGGAUUCUUGAAUAUCGCAGCGGUAGCUUUUGAUGUACUUAGAGGUAUUACAUUUGCAUUGACCAUCUCUUUUCCCAUGAUAACCGAUUCUGCGGGACUAUUCAUAAAUUGGGUCAAUGACGUGGUGGCUGAACGAGCGUUCUCGAGGAAGCUGGAGCAGGAAGCUGAUGCGGUAGGACUCGAAAUCAUGGCUACAGCGGGAUAUGACCCUCGGGCAGCUCAGGAUCUAUGGGAGUUGAUGGCUGCUGUGGAAGCUGAUGCAAUCGCUGCCGGGCAAGCUAUAAAAGUGGAGAAUAAGUUUGCGAUGUUGAGGACGCAUCCUACCAGCGAGGCUAGACAGGAGGCACUAGCGAAGGAUAUGCCCAAUGCGUUGAAGAUCUGGAGAGAUCAUUUACCUAAAAGACCUGGUCCUGUUCCAAGCCUGAAUGCUAUCCCAUCUCAGCGGGAGCAGACGAAGGAAGGUAGGCUGAAAGAAGCUCAAACACUUGCGAGCUAG